AUACAUUCCCACACUUUAUCAAAGACUUAAAUGAUCAAUAUAGAUUGGAAACAGCCGUUUAUUGAACUAUUCGCAGGUUUCCUCUGACCUGCCUGGUAUUAAAAAAAUAAUCUUGUCUGAAAUAAUCUCAAAGAUAAGAGAGAUAUGUUGUCAUUGAGUUGACAACAUUGAGUUUGAAUGAUACCAUAAUGAAGACUGAGGUGAAGAAUGGGCGAGGUUACCUAAGAUAGACAGAGAUGUGUUUUCUUAAAUUGACAAAAAACAGAAAAUUUACAUAAUUGUACUGUGAGUUGCAAACAUUUCUUAUUAUAAAAAUGAGGGGCAAUAACAGUUCUCAAUAUCUCAAAACAGCAACAUUUACAAAAAAACGGAUUUAAAUGAAUAAAUAUUUGUGGGUUGACUAUUUUCUCUCCAUAAUUUGUUAUUUCUACAUGUAUUGAAACAACAGGGACAUUGCUACAAAAAGCAAUACUGAAGUCAGUCCAAUGUAAGGUUAACAGGCGCUAUUUUCUACCUAAGGGAAACAUUGUUGGUGUUUAUGGCUCUGUGUACUUAGGCUGAAUGUAUAGACGAGAUAAAAAACACGUGGCUUCCUCCUCGUGCUCAGCAACAGCUACUCUGCAGUAUAUAACAGCGUCCUCCAUCCCCUGCCCACUUACCUCGCCCCGUCACACAGCUGACUUUGCUCAUACAAAGGGGGAUUCACACAAGCAAACAGCGAUGGGAAAGCAUAACUUUUUCCGCCUUGGUGCUGUUGCCAUCUCCUUUGCUUUUUUUGUCAUAAGCCUGGUGUUCAACGUGCUGUCUGUCUUUGGAGCUGGUCCCUACUUGACCACAACGUCCAACGUAUCUGCAGUGUUUGACACGCAGCUCACACCAUCAGGAUGGACCUUUGCCAUCUGGGGGCUCAUUUACAUCUGGCUAGCAGCAAUGAAUGUCUACAUCGUUGCAGGACUCUUUAGAAAAAAUGAAUCCGGCUAUAUGUACUGCAGUCCUCCCGUGCUGCCGUAUGGAUUCUUUGUUUGCUGGUGUCUCAACCAGUGUUUCAACAUUGCUUGGCUUCUUGUUUGGGACAGAGGAAUGAUGAUCCCUGCCCUGGUUUUUCUCAUUCUGAUCGUUGCCACAAACUACUCCAUGAUAUUCUUCUGCUGUCACGGACUCUGUGUUUAUGGAGCCUGGCUCAAGAAAUAUUGCAAGAGAGAUCUUUGGCUCCUUCGUGUGUUGGUUCAGAAUGGUGUGAUGGUCUACACCACAUGGACAACCAUAGCAACCCUCCUCAACCUGACCAUUGUCCUGGUUUAUGAUGCAAACAUGUCUCCAAUUGAUGCUGCCACUAUUUCCUACUCUCUCCUGUCUGUGUUGCUGGUUGUGUGGUUUGCUUUGGAAAACUCCAUCUUUGAUAAGCACAUGCGGUACGUCCUCAUCACCUAUGUUGUUGUGAUCUGGGCGUUGGCGGGAAACAUGGACAAAAAUUACGAUGCCAACUCUCCUGGUCGAAUUGGCAUCUUCAUUGCUGUACUGCUGGCGGUUUCAUGUGUACUGUUCGUCGUCCGGAUUAUUCUGGUGGUUUGGAGACACUUCAAACAUCCACUUUACGAAGACGCCAGUCCUGAAGCCAUGGAAGUGAAGGAAAUUUCAAAGAAGGACAAAAAAAUAUUUCGUUAGGCUUUUUUAAUCAAACGUCUGUGUUGGGGUUGACAAUGAGGUUUAUUGGAUCACAGCAGACGGAAACUGCAUAGCACUGACUUGUAUCAUAUGAUGAGUUUAUAACAAAGAAAAUAAAUUAAAUGACAUUUAGAUUAUGAAAUAGUAAAAAAAAAGUAAAUAUAUUUCACAAUGUUAUUAUUUUGGUUUCUAAAAAGUGGAUCUUUCGUUUAUAUUUUAGAAUAUUAAAAACCACAAAAGAAAGCAAAAUAUUGUAAUGUAAAUAUUAAUGUUAACUUUUUCAUUUUACAUAGAUGUUCAACCAAGAUAAAGAUAUACAGUCUAGCUAAAAUGCAGUUGUUCCUACACAUGUUCCUAUAGAAAAUAUUUAAAUGAAUAAUUUUUUGUUAUUAUGUAAAAAUAUAAUAUUACAGUCUGUUUUAAAAUGAAAU